AAAAGAGAUGGGAUACAGAUACGGAUACGGAAUUGGGCAUAUACUCCCCACAUUUCACAUCGUAUAGGCCCAUAAGGCAUAAACCCCCGGUCGCCACCAAUUAACCGCCAGAUCCUUCCUCCCUUUCUCUCGACUCGCCCCCCACCGUGUCAAAAUCCGAUUAGGGUUUUGCAGAGUGCAUGGGUAAUGGAGACACUGCAGAGGAGAGUGGAGACGUGGAUCAAGGAUCAGAGUACCAAAAUCAUGAGGGUGACGUGGCCGCCGCCGUGGAGGAUGUCGGUGAAGUGGCCGUGGCCGAACGGCCGCCGGGAGCAGCAGAAGAUGAUCCAGCAGGAGCUGGAGUGCCAGAAGAAGCAGCUGCAGGACUUGUGUUACGCCGUCAAGGCGGAGACGCUCUCCGAUUUGCAGGAAAUUCUCUGUUGCAUGGUCCUUUCCGAGUGCGUCUACAAGAGACCUGCUGCGGAGAUGGUUCGAGCAGUGAACAAAUUUAAGGCUGACUUUGGAGGGCAAGUAGUAUCUUUAGAGCGUGUCCAACCUUCUUCAGAUCAUGUUCCUCACAGGUAUCUUUUAGCUGAAGCAGGAGACACUUUAUUUGCCUCCUUCAUUGGGACCAAGCAGUACAAGGAUGUCAUGGCUGAUGCAAAUAUAUUUCAAGGUGCCAUUUUCCAUGAUAAUGCAAUGGCGGAUGCUAAUAGGAUUGAAUCUACAGAACUUAAUAGUCAAAUGGAUAAUGGGGAGAAUGGCACAACACAUAUGGAAACUAACCCUAAACAAACAAAUUUUACAUCAAAGCCUGCUGUUCAUCGGGGAUUUAUGACUCGCGCUAAAGGAAUACCUGCAUUGGAGUUGUACAGGCUAGCACAGAAAAAGAAACGAAAACUUGUAUUAUGUGGACAUUCACUUGGUGGAGCAGUUGCAGUUCUCGCUACCCUUGCUAUCUUGAGGGUUAUCUCUGUUACAUCAAAAGAAACUGAUAGGGUCCAGGUGAAGUGUAUCACAUUCUCCCAGCCUCCAGUAGGAAAUGCUGCUCUUAGAGACUAUGUUAAUGGAAAAGAAUGGCAGCAUUAUUUCAAAACCUAUUGCAUUCCUGAAGACCUGGUGCCUCGAAUACUAUCUCCAGCAUAUUUUCAUCACUAUAACUCCCAAAACCCCUUGGAACCAACUAAAGUUGAAACUUCAUCAUCCAUGUCAAAAUAUAGAGGACCAGAGAAGCAGAAGGCCGAAAGAUUGAAAGAGAAUGAAGGAGAGCAACUGGUUUUGGGUUUAGGUCCUGUGCAGAAUUCCUUUUGGAGACUUUCAAGACUCGUCCCCAUUGAAGGUCUUAAAAGCAAGUUCUAUAAUAGGGGGAGAAAUGUUGCUGGAACAUCCGUUAAUAAUGAUUCUGCUGCAGCAUCAUCCAUUGAGGAUAUAGUUACUCCUCCACAGUCUCUUGAGAUAGAAGAGGAUUCUGAUGGUUUUUCUCUCCGACCUUUACCUGAAAAAAAUGAAGGGAUUUCUGUAGUAGUGAAAAAUGAAAAAUCAUCUGGAAAUAAUAGCAGUAGCAGUGGGGAGAAGAGGGCAUGGCGCAGCAUACCUUCCUUACCUUCAUAUGUACCUUUUGGGCAACUUUAUAUUUUGGGAAAUUCAUCUGUGGAAUCACUAUCUGGUUCAGAAUACUCAAAAUUGACCUCGGUCAAAUCUGUACUUGCUGAAGUAAAAGAGCGAUUUCAAUCACAUUCAAUGAAGUCAUAUAGGUCCCGGUUUCAGAAAAUAUAUGGACUCUGCAUGAAAGAAAAUGCAUUUUCAUUCUUGGGGAGGGAGCAAGAGCUGCAAUUUCCACAUUUACAAAAAUGGAUAGGAAUUUCAGUUUCUGGUACAGUUGAACUUGGGCAUAUUGUUGAACCUCCAAUUAUUCGUGCAGCUACUUCUUUGGUUCCUCUUGGGUGGACUGGUAUUCCCUGUGAAAAAACUGGGGACCCUUUGAAAGUAGACAUUUCUGGUUUUGGAUUACACCUAUGUUCGUUAGUCCAAGCUCGAGUGAAUGGUAAAUGGUGCUCAACUACAGUGGAAUGUUUUCCUUCUCAGCCACCAUAUUCUCAGCAGCAUGAAUUGCCACAAGAGAUGCAGAAGAUGCGAAUACUAAUUGGAGAUCCAUUGAGACGACCACCAAAACAUCAAAUAUCCGAGGAAGGGUUGAUGCCUGCAUUUCUUUCUAUUGAUCCAAGCUCUAUUGACCUGAAGUUGAAGCAGAUUGCAUCUCCAGAAAUGGAUGAAAGAGUCAUCCAUCCUGAUGGUCUAAGUGAUUUUGUAGUAUUUUGCACCACUGAUUUUUCAACUGUCGCUAAAGAGGUUCAUUUCAGAACCCGCAGGGUGCGGCUAAUUGGCCUUGAGGGAGCUGGUAAAACCUCUCUUCUCAAAGCAAUACUGGAUCAGGGAAGAACUACUAGAACUACGACUCUUGAGACUUUUCCUAUGGAUGUGGACCUUCGAGAAGGUAUUGCUGGCGGUUUAGUCUAUUCAGACUCCACAGGAGUAAAUUUGCAGAAUUUGAAUAUGGAGGCCUCUCGUUUUAGAGAUGACUUAUGGAAGGGAAUACGCGAUCUCAGCCAGAAAAUAGAUUUGGUGGUCCUUGUGCACAACUUGUCUCAUCGGAUACCUCGAUACGGCCAAUCGAGUGCCUCACAGCCACCAGCUUUGGCUCUAAUCUUAGACGAGGCCAAAUCUCUCGGUGUUCCUUGGGUACUUGCAGUAACAAACAAAUUCUCCGUCAGUGCACACCAGCAAAAGGCAGCUAUAAAUGCUGUGUUGCAUGCAUAUCAAGCCUCUCCUAGCUCAACUGAGGUUGUCAAUUCAUGUCCAUAUGUUAUGCCCAGUGCCGCUGGUGAUUCUCUCUCUUGGCGUGCAACAAACACAGUUCCUGAUGAGACAAAGGGCGUUCAAAAUUUUGUAUUCAAUCCAUUUAAUCUUGUGAAGAGGCCUUUCGAAAAGAAGCCAGCUGUCCUCCCUGUAGAUGGUGUAGCAGAUCUGUGUCAGCUUGUCCACCGCGUGCUCCGGAGUAACGAAGAAGCUUCUUUGCAGGAGCUUACAAGAGAUAGAAUAUUCUAUGAAUUGGCGAGGGAAAGGGCAGCUGCUGGAUACGCAGAUAGAGAUGCGGCAGCUAAAUCGAAUUCAUUGUCUGCAGCGACAGUUGGUGCCUCGAUCGGGGCUGGAGUUGGGAUCAUAUUGGCAGUUGUCAUGGGUGCUGCCUCUGCCUUGAGGAAGCCAUGAACUUUUUUCGUCAGGUCUGUUUUCUGUAGAUACGAUUUCGUGUAUAGAUAUUUCAAUGUAAGUAAAUAUAUAGGAGAAAUGCUUUUUUUUUGUUUUUUUAUUAGUUAUUUUACUUUUUUUUUUUUCCGAUUAGUAGCGGCCUUUUGUUAUUUUUACUUAUUUAUUUUUUAAGAGAAGAACAGUUACUAGAUUUCUAUUCCAAAAUUAUUCUUCAAUGAAUUUCAAAUUCUUAGCUAUAAAAUUUGAUUAGUUUUA